ACUCCUCCGAUUCGGCCACUGAAAACCCCUAAGCUUCUCCCUCUCGGCCUCUCCUCUCCGUCACCGUCCGAUCGUAUUAUAACGCUCCUCUUCUUAUUCUCCGCGCCGAUCUCUCUAGGGUUUUCCUGAGAUCUCUUCCUCCGCCUCUCUCCGGCGUCGCCACUAAUGGAGGCGCCGAGAGCCUCCGCCGCCGCCGCCGCCGCCGCCGCGGAGGAGGCGUCGUCUUCGUCAGCGGUGCUCAUAGCCGCCGCGGAGGAGGUGUCCACUUCGUCGACGAAGCGGCGGAUUCGGAUCUUCCGCGAGACGCUACCUCCGCUCCUGAAGAAUUCGGACUCAUUGCUUGAUGUGACAUCUCAUUUGGUUGAUAUUGUAUUCCAUACGUUGCAUAUAUACGAUGACCGACCAUCUAGAAAAGCAGUAGAUGAUUUGAUUGUUCAGGGUCUUGGAGAAUCUACCUUCAUGAGAUCAUUUGCUACUGCCCUUGUUCAGUCCAUGGAAAAGAAUUUAAAGACUCAAAAUAUUGUAGUAUGCUACAAGCUUCUCAGGUGGUCAUGUAUCCUUUUAAAAUGGAGCCAGUUUAUCAGAGUGUCAAAAGGCGGUUUUUCAAGACUGACUAAUGCACAAGCAGUCAUAUGCCAGGUCCUUAUGCAGGGUGGUUCAUUCCAUAUGCGCCAAGCUUGCAAGAAAAUGUUUUUCAAUCUAUUCUCUAAGCCUGUUGGACUAUAUGGGGUCUAUAUGAGGGAGCUGAAAGAGUUAAGGAUUUCUAGCAGGGACUGUCCUGCAUUCAUAAGAACAUUACUUGAUUUUUCUAUUUGUCAUCAAUCUAUGUUUGGAGAAAACAAGCCAAUAUUUCUUGAUCUAUAUGUUAAAGCUGUUUUAAAUGCAAAAGAUAAGCCAUCCCAAGCUCUCGGGGAAGCUUUUGAACAGCUUUUUGUGCACAUAGAACAUGAAGAUUUCAGGAAUGUUGUGGUUCCAUCUUGUAUCAAAAUGUUAAAAAGGAAUCCCGAGAUAGUAUUGGAAUCUAUUGGGAAUCUAUUAAAAUCAAUCAACCUUGACCUGAGCAAGUAUGCUAUGGAUUUUCUUCCAGUUGUUCUGCCACAGGCUCAACAUCCUGAUGAAGACAGAAGGGUGAAAGCUCUGACUAUUAUUGGUUUCCUAAGCCAGAAGUCCAGUGAUCCAGAUACUUUGCCCUCAAUGUUUAGUGCUAUAAAGGCCAUAUUAGGAGGCUCAGAGGGAAAACUGGCACUUCCGUACCAGAGGAUCGGAAUGAUUAAUGCUAUACAAGAGUUAGCGAGGGCUCCAGCUGGAAAGCAACUAGACAAGCUGGCUCUUCUUGUUUCUAGUUUCCUCCUAACCUGCUAUAGGGACAAUGGAAUUGAGGAAGUGAAACUGGUGACUUUGUCGGCAUUAGCUUCUUGGUGUUCAAAAUCUACUGAAGCUGUGCAGCCAGAUGUUGUUUCUUUUAUUGCUGCUGGCUUGAAGGAGAAGGAGGCUUUAAGAAAGGGGAAUCUUAGAUGUUUGCAAGCUAUAUGCAAGAAUUCUGACUCGUUAACCAGGGUUUCUUCUUUGCUGGAUUCCCUUAUUCAGCUAGUGAAGGCUGGUUUUACCAAGGCAACUCAGAGGUUGGAUGGAAUUUAUGCAUUCUUUUGUGUAGCAAAAAUUGUCUCUGUCGAUACCAAAGGAGAGGGAAAUCUGGUCAAGGAGAAGCUAUGGACAUUGAUUGCUCAGAAUGAUCCUUCAUUGGUUCCUAACCAAUUGGUUGCAAAACUAUCAAAUGAAGAUUGUGUAACUUGUGUAGAUCUUCUUGAGGUACUGCUCGUGGAACAUCUGUACAGAGUGCAGGAAUAUUUUCCUAUCAGAUCGCUGUUACAGUUGCUGCUCUAUCUAAUCUGUCAUCCAAGUUGGGAUGUUAGAAAGCCAGCUUAUGAUGCUACUAAAAAGAUCCUCUAUUCUUCUUCAUCUUUAGCAGAAGAUAUUCUUCUCCAAUUUACUAAUUGGUUGCAAUUAGUUGGAGAGAGGGUAUCCCUCUUGAAUAUGAGUGACAUAGAGAGUUCAAUGGACCCGCAAGUGCCUUUUAUUCCAUCGGUUGAGGUGCUAGUGAAGUGCUUGCUUCUAAUUGCACCUGCUGCUGUUGCUAGCAGUCCAGCAUCUUAUUCUCGUCUUCUGUUUUGCUCUCACCAUCCUUGCAUAACUAGCACCACAUGUCCUAAUGGAGUGUGGAAGAGGCUUCAAAGAAACUUGCAAAGGCAUGGCAAUGAUGUCGUUGACAUAAUUACUGCAAACAUUGAGACGAUUUGCAAGGAAUUACUUGGGCCAAUGGCUUUACUAAGUUCCAAUAUCCUAGAACAGCGGGCAGCCUUAUGCUCAUUGGCAACACUGAUGACAAUAACGCCCAAUGAUACAUUUUUAGAAUUUGAGAAGCAUUUCAGUGGACUUCCAGAGCGUUGUUUGCAUGAUGAACUAUCAGAGAGCGAUAUAAAGAUAUUUUAUACUCCUGAAGGACAACUAUCAAGUGAGCAAGGUGUUUAUGUAGCUGAGACUGUUGCAACUAAAAACACAAAACUUGCCAAGGGCAGGUUCCGAGCUUAUGAUGAUCAGGAUGAGGAUGUUAUAUCUUCCAGUGUUCCUGUCCGAAGAGAUUCGAUUAAAAGAGAAACUGUAAGCUCUGGCAAGAAAGAGACUGGGAAGACUACAAAAAAGACCGUGGAGAAGGUAAAAACUGCAAAGGAGGAGGCGAGGGAGCAGCUCCUAAGGGAGGAAGCGUCUGUUCGUGAGAAAGUUAGGUGUGUAAAGAGGAAUCUUUCGGUGAUGCUCAGAGCUCUUGGUGAAAUGGCUAUUGCUAAUCCAGUAUUCACGCAUGGUCAACUACCUUCUUUGGUAAAAUACAUUGAACCAUUACUGCGCUCUCAAAUAGUAAGUGAUGCUGCAUUCGCUACCAUGCUAAAACUCGCGCACUGUAUUGCCCCUCCUCUUUGUAACUGGGCAUUGGAGAUUGCUGCUGCUUUACGCAUAAUAUCUACCGAGGAAUCUAAUGUAGUGUGGGAACUUAUGCCCCUAGUAGUUGAAGGGGAAAAUCAUAGGAGGUCGUCGUCGGGUCUCUUUGAGCAAAUAAUUACAGGUCUAUCAGUGGCUUGCAGGGCUGGCCCACUACCGGCAGAUUCAUUUUCUUUUGUGUUUCCGAUUAUUGAGAAGAUUUUGCUUGCUUCCAAGAAGACUGCACUACAUGAUGAUGUGCUUCGAAUCAUUUCUAUGCACUUGGAUCCUAUAUUGCCUCUUCCAAGGCCUCGAAUGUUAUCAGCUCUUUAUCAUGCACUUGGUGUUGUUCCAGCUUAUCAAGUGUUGAUUGCGCCUAUGCUAAAUGAAUUGUGCUUAGGUCUUCAGAGUGAUGAGCUAGCAGCAGCUCUUUGUGGAAUUUAUGCAAAAGAUGUGCAUGUUAGAGUUGCCUGCCUAAAUGCCAUAAAAUGCAUUCCGUCUGUCUCCUCCCAUCUACCUCAAAAUCUUCAGGUUACCACAAGUCUAUGGGUUGCUUUACAUGAUCCGGAAAAGACAGUAGCUGAACUGGCAGAGGAAGUCUGGGAUCGCUUUGGUUUUGACUUUGGAACUGAUUAUUCUGGUCUGUUUGAUGCACUUUCUCACGUGAAUUAUAAUGUGCGAGUUGCUGCAGCUGAGGCGCUAGCAGCAGCCCUAGAUGAAAAUCCAGAUACAAUGCAGGAUACACUCCCUACUUUAUUUAAUUUAUGCACUCGGGAUCUUGGUGGUGGAGAUCAAACGGCGGAUUCUUUAUGGCUAGGAAGACAAGGUGUUGCUUUGGCACUCCACUCGGCUGCAGAUGUAUUGAGAACUAAAGAUCUACCUGUUGUCAUGACGUUUCUGAUAUCACGUGCCCUGGCAGAUCCUAAUAUGGAUGUUCGUUCAAGAAUGAUAAAUGCUGGCAUUACGAUUAUUGAUAAAAAUGGGAAGGAAAAUGUGCAAUUGCUAUUUCCUAUAUUUGAAAGUUACUUGAAUAAAAAGGCGUCUGAUGAAGAGAAGUAUGAUCUGGUAAGGGAGGGCGUUGUCAUAUUUACUGGAGCGCUUGCGAAACAUUUGGCAAAGGAUGACCCUAAAGUACAUAAUGUUGUUGAUAAGUUGUUGGAUGUUUUGAACACUCCCUCGGAGGCUGUUCAACGAGCUGUAUCAGACUGUUUAUCCCCACUUAUGGCCUCGAAGCAUGAAGAUGGCCAAGCUCUUGUAUCUAGGCUUUUGGAUAGGCUGAUGAAAGGUGAUAAGUAUGGGGAACGCCGUGGAGCAGCUUUUGGGCUUGCUGGUGUAGUCAAAGGCUUUGGAAUUUCUUGCUUGAAGAAGUAUGGUAUUGUAGUUGUUUUACGUGAAGGUUUGGCAGACAGAAAUUCUGCAAAAUCUCGUGAGGGAGCUUUGCUUGGUUUUGAAUGCCUUUGUGAGAAGCUUGGUAGACUGUUCGAGCCGUAUGUGAUUCAAAUGCUACCACUCCUUUUGGUUUCUUUUUCCGAUCAAGUUCUAGCAGUACGUGAAGCUGCUGAAUGUGCUGCUCGAGCAAUGAUGUCGCAACUUACUGGCUAUGGUGUGAAGCUUAUUCUUCCGUCGCUUCUUAAGGGUCUGGAGGAUAAAGCAUGGCGGACUAAGCAAAGUAGUGUGCAAUUGCUUGGUGCUAUGGCAUAUUGUGCCCCUCAACAACUAUCUCAGUGCCUACCUACAAUCGUUCCGAAACUAACAGAGGUGCUGACUGACACACACCCCAAAGUCCAAGCUGCAGGGCAGACAGCUCUCCAACAGGUUGGAAGUGUCAUUAAGAAUCCCGAGAUAUCUGCUCUUGUCCCAAUCCUAUUGAUGGGUCUGAUGGACCCAAAUCAGCAUACCAAGCACUCUCUUGACAUCCUUCUUCAAACUACCUUCAUCAACUCAAUAGAUGCACCAUCUUUGGCAUUGUUGGUGCCUAUUGUACAUAGAGGGCUGAGAGAGAGAAGUGCGGACACCAAAAAGAAAGCUGCUCAGAUUGUUGGAAAUAUGUGUUCGUUAGUAACUGAACCAAAGGAUAUGAUUCCUUACAUAGGAUUGCUACUUCCUGAAGUGAAGAAGGUUUUAGUAGAUCCUAUACCAGAAGUUCGGUCAGUUGCUGCUAGAGCUCUUGGCUCUCUUAUAAGAGGAAUGGGAGAAGAGAACUUUCCAGAUCUUGUUUCCUGGUUAAUGGAUACACUUAAAUCUGAUAGCAGUAAUGUUGAGCGAUCUGGAGCUGCUCAAGGACUUAGUGAGGUGUUGGCUGCUCUUGGUAAAGAGUACUUUGAGCGAGUUCUCCCUGAUAUCAUACGAAAUUGCUCUCAUCAGAAGGCAUCUGUUCGUGAUGGACAUUUGACUCUAUUCAAGUACUUGCCAAGGUCGCUAGGAGUGAUGUUUCAGAAUUACUUGCAAGUUGUUCUUCCUGCAAUAUUAGAUGGACUUGCUGAUGAAAACGAAUCUGUUCGUGAUGCUGCGCUUUCUGCUGGCCAUGUUUUUGUGGAGCAUUAUGCAACAACGUCGCUGCCUCUGUUACUACCUGCUGUUGAGGACGGCAUUUUUAGUGAAAACUGGCGAAUUCGACAGAGUUCAGUGGAGCUUUUGGGUGAUCUUCUUUUCAAGGUUGCAGGAACUUCUGGGAAAGCACUUCUCGAAGGUGGCAGUGAUGACGAAGGUGCCAGUACAGAAGCUCAUGGUCGUGCUAUAAUUGAAGUACUUGGAAGGGAUAAGCGCAAUGAAGUUCUUGCUGCGGUUUAUAUGGUUCGUACUGAUGUCAGCUUAUCUGUACGACAGGCUGCUUUGCAUGUAUGGAAGACAAUUGUGGCAAAUACUCCGAAAACUCUCAAAGAAAUAAUGCCUGUUUUAAUGAAUACGCUUAUUUCAUCUCUUGCUUCACCUUCCUUGGAAAGACGACAGGUUGCUGGAAGAUCUCUUGGGGAACUUGUUAGGAAACUAGGUGAUAGAGUGUUGCCUUCUAUUAUUCCUAUUUUAUCACGAGGACUUAAAGACCCAAAUACUAGUCGGAGACAGGGUGUAUGCAUUGGUUUGAGUGAAGUGAUGGCAAGUGCUGGUAAACACCAGCUAUUGGAUUUCAUGGAUUUGCUUAUCCCUACAAUUCGUACUGCGCUAUGUGAUAGUGCUCAAGAAGUUCGUGAAUCAGCAGGCUUAGCAUUUAGCACUCUUUAUAAGAGUGCUGGGAUGCAAGCUAUUGAUGAAAUUGUCCCCACGCUGCUUCAUGCGUUAGAGGAUGAUGAGACCUCUGAUACAGCCCUUGAUGGCUUAAAACAAAUACUAAGUGUCAGGACAGCAGCUGUUUUGCCUCAUAUCUUGCCAAAGCUAGUCCAGCCUCCUCUCACAGCCUUUAAUGCACAUGCGUUGGGAGCAUUGGCAGAAGUUGCUGGGCCAGGUCUGAAUUCUCAUGUUGGAACGGUUCUCCCGGCCUUGCUGCUUGCUAUGGAUGAUGAAGAUGUGGAUGUAAAAAGUGCCGCAAAGAAGGCUGCAGAAACUGUUGUAUUGGUUAUUGAUGACGAAGGCACUGCAUCCUUGAUAUCUGAACUUCUUAAAGGAGUCGCUGAUAGUCAGGCUUUUGUGAGAAGGGGUGCCUGUUAUCUGAUAGGUUAUUUCUUCGAGAACAGUAAAUUGUAUUUGGAAGAGGAAGCACCUAAUAUGAUCACCACUCUGAUCACUUUGCUAAGCGAUACAGAUGCAGCUACUGUCUCGGCUGCUUGGGAAGCUUUACGGAGAGUAGUAGGCUCAAUUCCAAAGGAAAUUCUGCCUUCAUAUAUCAAGCUAGUCCGGGAUGCUGUCUCAACAGCGAGAGAUAAAGAGCGAAGAAAGAGAAAGGGAGGUUCUAUUCUUAUUCCAGGAUUAUGUCUUCCAAAAGCUCUACAGCCUUUACUUCCUAUAUUUUUGCAGGGUUUAAUUAGUGGUUCAGCUGAGACACGUGAACAAGCAGCUCAGGGCUUGGGAGAGUUGAUCGAUGUGACAAGUGAGAAAACACUAAAGGAUUUUGUUGUACCUAUUACCGGGCCUCUCAUCCGGAUUAUAGGAGACCGGUUUCCGUGGCAAGUGAAAGCAGCCAUCUUAUCAACUCUAUCCAUCAUAAUAAGUAAAGGAGGCAUCGCACUUAGGCCUUUUCUUCCGCAGCUUCAAACUACAUUUAUAAAAUGCCUGCAAGAUAAUACAAAGGCUGUUCGUACAAGUUCCGCGCUUGCUUUAGGAAAGUUGAGUGCACUCAGCACGAGGGUCGACCCAUUAGUUAACGACCUCCUAUCCAUGUUGCAGGGUUCAGAUGGUGGUGUGAGAGAAGCUGUUCUAAUGGCACUUAAAGGUGUAAUAAAGCACACCGGAAAAAGUGUAAGCAGUGGGGUCAGAUAUCGUGGGUUUAUUCUUCUCAAAGAUCUGUUACAAGUUGAUGAUGAUGAAGUGCGGAGUUCUGCUGCAAAAGUAAUAGGCACAUUAUCUCAGUACAUAGAAGAGGGUGAAUUCACAGAUCUGCUGAAAACGCUCUCUGAUUUCAGUACCUCUUCAACGUGGUUCAUUAGGCAUGGCUCUAUGCUUGCAUUCUCGGCCAUGUCAAUGCAUAGUCCAUCCAUGAUAUGCCGGUCUCAGCUAUUUCCUUCUGUAAUAGAUCGCCUUAAAGAUGCUCUAAAGGACGAUAAGUUCCCCAUUCGUGAAGCAGCUACGAAGGCAUUAGGAAGGCUACUUCUUUAUCAGGCCAAAUCUGAAGGGAACAAAAGCAUAGUACAACUAGCUCAAUUACUUGUUAUAGCUUUGCAAGAUGAUUCAAGUGAAGUCCGGAGAAGAUCUUUGUCCUGUAUUAAAGCUGUCGCAAAGGCAAAUCCUUCGGCUAUUACAGCCAACCUUUCGAUUUUGGGGCCGGCAAUCGCAGAUUGUUUGAAGGAUGGGAGCACACCGGUCCGCCUUGCUGCAGAACGGUGUGCUCUACAUGUUUUCCAAUUAACAAAAGGUUCUGAGAGUGUUCAAGCUGCACAGAAAUAUGUCACUGGUUUAGAUGCUAGGAGACUUGCAAAGCUUCCAGAAAUCAGCGAUGAAAGUGAUAACAGCGACGAUGACCAGACGAGUGCGUGAUAUACGCUGACAGUUGACUUUCGAGAAAGCUUCCUUAACUCCCCAUUCAUAAUGGGAUUUUGAAGAGAGUGGUGCUAUAUUUCUGGGAUACAACCUUUUGAAGUACUUGAGCUGCCAUUCAUCUUUUGAACGGCGGAGCUUCUCAGAUGAUUGAUAUAUACAAGGUAGCAAUGACGCUGCAGCGGUGGCUUUCCUUCUCUUGACGUGGUUCUUGUUUUUCCCUGUUGUGCGGUUCUUCUGUCUGGUUUGUAUAUGCUCUUAAACUUAUAAUCAAGUGAGAGUGUAUAGUAGGCAUAAGUGAAUGAAUAAAAUUUUGUUCAUUUGACUUUUUAUUAUUAUAGAUAGGGAAAAGAGUGAAAUGGUAAUUUAAGGAUGUUCCCACUUGUUGUAUUAUUCAUUUUGAAAGAAGUAAGGUGAUGGUAAGUGGUACUUUAAUGUUUCAGAAAAUCAAUGAGACUGGAAUCCAAACUUAUUAUCUAUAA